AAUUUGCAGGAACACGCCACUUCUUCAACAGAUUUCUGCACACUCCACCUCAAAGUGCAGCUGAGCUCAGAGCGAUGAAUCCUCAGGGUUACCCGAGUGCUUCGGCUCCACUGCAGGGGGUGCAGUAUGGACAGCCUGAAGGCCCUGGAAUGGUUCAGUACACCACCGUGAACGUCGUUGCGGAGCCCCCAAAGGACCACAUCAUCUGGUCCAUCUUCAGCUUUGUCCACAUGAACCCUUGUUGCCUCGGACUGGCAGCUCUCAUCCACUCCGUCAAGGCCAGAGACCGGAAGAUGGUUGGAGAUCUGGAAGGGGCCCGACACUAUGGUUCCACUGCUCGUUCCCUCAACAUCGCCGCCACCGUCCUGAUUUGCCUCAUUGUCCUGAUUUUCAUUAUUGUAUACAGCGUGAUUGUUGGACAGAUCAGUUCUUCCAUUCACAGAAGUUCCAGUUAUGAUUACAAUUUCAGAGGGUAAAUGUCACAUUGUGGAAGUGAUGGCUUGUAGCUUUUUCUAUCACUUUUCAUCUUUGUACUUACAUGCUGAAACCAAAAAAAGAUCUGCAUUUCAUUGAUGUUACAAGAGACUGAAAUGGAACUCAUCUAUAUUUCUCUGGUGACAUUUUUUAAACAUUUUACCUUAUAAAAUUCUCAUUUCUUGUCCUCUGCUGCUGAGCAAUUGUUCUAUAAAACAACUUUCUGUGCCAAUAAAGGUGUUUGUAGUUGCAUAUA